AUGCUGAAAUCAACUAUUCUGCGUUCAAAGAAGAAUCUGCGCUGUUUACAUCAACUCAGAAGUCUCAGCACCCAACAGUUGCUGGAGAUCCUUCCGGCCAAGAAGACAGUGAACAGAGUCCUCUAUGACAUGAACGCCAGACUGACAUGGAAGAAGUACUUGCCCAUUCUGAAAGCACUAUACGAAUCGCCGGAUGAUGCCAUAAUACCGAAAUAUGCUAAAGCAGCAGAUCUCACGUUGUUUCAGAAAGUUUUGAAGGAAAUAAGAACAAGUACACACCAAACGGAUAAACGGCUUCUACGACUAGAGGAGACAUUGAUCGAAAGAUCUGCGGAAAUGGGCGAUAACGAUGCCGUUUCCAUGUUGGCUUUUAGUGCUUUGCGAGACGAAAAGAUGGAGAAGUUUUCUCUUGAUGACAGGAAUUAUUCGAAAAAAUUGAUAGCCAAUCUUCUGGAGAUCAAGCAUCCUCUUGCACUGAAGUUGGCUGGAGAUUACGCUUAUAGCAAGGGCAGGAUACAGGAUGCCGAAAACCACUACCACUCCUUUUUGGAGCUGGAUGACCAAAGUUUUCUGGCCUCGGAGACUUUCAAGACUCUGGGUCAUAUAAGCUUCGCAAAGCCCGAUCUGAACUCGGCCAAGGUGUAUCUGGAGAAGUCUAUCAAUCUCGCACCAUUGAGAAAAGUACCCGAAUGUCACUUCCUCUUGGGUCAGAUCUAUGGGGAUGAUGCUCAGCGAUCACGGUAUCACUUUGAAAUGAGCGCGACUCAAGGUUUCAAGGAAAGUUUUGCUCAGCUUGGGUUUCUUGAGCUGAACUACUUUGGCAAUACCGAUAAGGCAUUUGAGUGGUUCAAGCUAGGCGUGGAGCUGGGAGACAUCAACUGUCUAGUCGGGUGUUUUGACUGUUUUGUCAAACAGGAAAGGUGGGAACAAGCCCAUGGUGCAAUGUUGAGGAUACAGAGCUUCAAUGAGUUAAGGGAGAAGUCAGGUUCGGGGGCUGUUGUGGAUUUGGCCAGUAUACGUGAAAAAGCGAUAGCCAAAGUGAUGGAGCACCAUAACAUUAAAUCGCAACCUGAUGUUUCAACUGGUGGUGAAGGCUCGCGCUGGGACGCUUAG